AUGCAGAUUCAUAAACUCUGUUUUCUUGCUCUGCUCUUAUCUCACACCACUUCCGCCGUCAAACUCAGCCUCAAAACCUCAGAGUUUAUCUUCCUUGGAGACGCUGAGCUUGGUCCUGCUUCUGAUGGCGUCAGCCUCUCCAGAGCUCUCUCCAUGACCCGAGACGCAAACCCAUGCUCUCACGGCCAAACUCUUUGGUCCACUCCUCUCUCUUUCAAGCCUUCUUCAAACUCUUCUUCUCCUUAUCCAUUUGAAACUUCUUUCACUUUCUCCAUCACUUCUCGCGUCAAACCCGCCCCUGGUCACGGCCUCGCUUUCGUUUUUGUCCCCUCCAUUGAGAGUAGCGGUCCUGGACCCGCUGGAUUCCUCGGCAUCCUCAACAAAACAACCAACGGCAACCCCAACAGCCACGUCUUUGCUGUCGAGUUCGACGAUUUUCAGGACAAAAGUUUCGGAGACAUUACUGAUAACCAUGUCGGGAUAAAUAUCAACUCUGUUACUUCCGUUGUUGCACAGAAAGCUGGUUAUUGGGUUCAGACAAGAAUUGGGAAAAGGCUACUCUGGUCGUUUAAGGAGGUCAAGUUGAGCAACGGAGAGAGGUACAAGGCUUGGAUUGAGUAUAGAAACUCCAAGGUUACGGUCACACUCGCGCCAGAAAACGUUAAAAAACCUAAGAAGCCUUUGAUCGUUGCCCAUUUAGAUCUUUCUAAGGUUUUUCUUGAAAAAAUGUACCCCGGUUUUUCCGGUGCCAUGGGCCGUGGAGUUGAGCGUCAUGACAUUUGGAGCUGGACCUUCCAGAACAGUGCCAAGGGAACCGUAAAGAAUAAGCAAAAAAAGCGUUGGAUUUGA